UGAAAUACUUAAGAGAGGUGACACCGUACUUCAGGAAAGCCUCGAUCAUACAGGAAGUCGGUUGGGAAUUGCAACGUGGAUUUCUCAGUGCGACACCACCACCACCAAAGUCACCACCCAGGGCAGACACUCGUUAUCUGCCAUUACAGCUUUGCAGACUCACCAGGGCGCAUCCUUCCUCGGAUCCUGAUGGUAGAAUUCUCGAGUUACAUUCACCCGACGGUGUUCACGAAUGUUGGUUGAGAGCCGCUGAUAACACCGAAGCAAAUGUAUGGUUCAACGCUUUACAUUCAGCGUUAGCUGCACUUACUUUAAAGGCACUUAGACUAGCCUCAGCAGUUCCGGAUCCACCGCAGCUUCAGCACAUUGGUUGGCUUGCGAGAAGGCACUGUCUGCAGAAAGGAAGUGCAAGCAGCGAGAGUAGCGAGGAUGGAGCCGGAAGUAGUGCAAGUACUUCUCGAGGUGUUGGAAGUGGAUUUGCUUUGGCAACUGGUUGUGCAGGUGGAUGGCGUAGCGUCUUUGGUGCGGUUUCUGGACGAGAAUUAAGGCUUUACGAGUGUGCACCAUGGAGUCCUGAAGCAUGGGCAUCACCCAGUAUUACUUGUCCUCUUAUUGCUACCAGAUUGGUUUCAUCACCGACAAGACAAAAUGAGGCAGCGGCUAGUAGUAGUGGUGGAUUUACACAGCACGGUGCCACGUUCGCGGUUCGCGUUGGUACGAUCGACGGCGUCGUAACGCAUCAUCUGCGUGCUGAAACACGAAGGGAUCUGGCAGCUUGGGCAAGGGCGAUUGUUCAGGGUUGUCAUGCAGCAGCCGCAUCGUUACGUGAAUAUACCGUUCGGUGCACGUGGCAGGGUAAAGCCUGCCAGUUGGUCGUCAAUCACGAAGAGGGAUUCUCGUUGUACGCUACUGGGACAAGGGGCGUCAUUGGAAACGGCGUUAGUCCUGGAUCACCACCAACUCCUCUUUGGAAAAGAUCCUUCGACAAACUGAAAAUGUCUGCCGACGAUGGGGCACGUUUACUAUGGUUAGAUUUUGGCGGGGAGGAUGGUGAAAUUGAAUUGGAUUUAGAAAGUUGUCCGAAACCGAUAGUCUUCGUUCUACAUAAUUUUCUAUCAGCGAAGAUUCAUCGAAUGGGCCUGAGCGCAUAGGGAUACGAGGGGGCCCCGGCUGAGGCCCCCGACCUGCCCCCACAUACCACCAGAUCCGUCACUAGUGUAUUUCUUCAUUGAACGAUUAAAAACACACACAGAGACGCGUACACACGGAUAAAGAUAGAAUGAAUGAACGAGAGACAGAACGAAUAUUACGAAAGAAAUUCAAUGAAAUUGAAAUAUAAAAUAAAAUCAUAUAAAAUUAAAAUAAAAUAAAACAAAACGUGUGUAACAACUCGAUAUCAAUUCAAAAUCUAUAAAACGAUAUUUAUAAAUUCCCCCAAAAAAAAAAACAAAAAAAAAAAAAAGAAAGAAGAAGAAAAACGCGAAGAGAGGGAGAAAAAUUCUUUCGCUACGUUCUGUCAUUGAAAAUACAAAACAAACAAAAAGAAAUAAAUAAAUGGUUCGCGUAAAGAGAAACAAAAAAUGAUAAAAGAUGACGAAAAUAUUCAUGCCGGUUUAAAAAUAAUAAAAAUAGUGGUGAAUGGUGGUAGGUGAUGCAGGAGCAUUCAAUUAAAAAAAUAUUAAAGUAAUAAAUGAAAGAGAGAAAGAAAGAAAUAAAUAAUCAUAAAGAUGAAAGAUAAAAGAUGAUGAUCGAGUACAUUAGACGAACGUUUGUUCGAUCUUCGAUAAAAACAUAAUAAAAUGUUUUUGUCUUCGAUCGCCUCUAAAAACGAGCCUAAAUAAUUAACUAAAUAACCUAUCUACCUAACGAUAAGAAGUAAGAUAAUUCAAAUUGACGAUUAACGAGGACACACACAAAACCAAACGAAAAAAUUGAGAACGAACGAGAGAGCAUAAAAAAAAAAAAUAAUACGACUAAGGAAAAAAGAGAGAGA